AUGAGGAGUACAUUGAGGUUAAGAAAGUCUUUCAUAGCAGUAUGGCCUCAGUAUUUUAGGAUUUUCACAAAUUUAACAAGAGGCUCAUCAUACCUCGAACUACCCAAAUGGGCAGCAUCCAAAAAGGCCGUCAUUAACCCGAUGAAUGAGGAUGAGGAGUGUUUCAAAUGGGCCAUUAUAGCAUCACAGCAUCAUGGGGAUAUAGGGAGGAAUCCAAAUAGAAUAUCUCAGAUGAAACCCUACGUGGACCACUACAAUUGGGAUGGCAUGGAGUUCCCAACCAGUAUAAAAUCCAUAUACAAAUUCGAGGCGAAUAACCCCGACAUUGCGGUAAACGUACUCCAUAUAGAUGGAAAGAGGAUCAACAUCCUACGUCGAUCGGUGCACAACGGGCGUACCAAGGUGGUGACCCUGCUGCUUAUCUCCAAUGAUAAAAAGACCCACUAUACGGCAGUCAAAAGUCUGUCGAGGCACCUGGGAAAGGAGACUUCGAAGAAUAGGAACGCAAUGCACUUCUGCCUGAACUGCCUACAGGGUUUUCCAACAAUUGAAUCGAGGGACAAGCACUAUAGGUACUGCACCGACCAUGAGGCUGUUAAAAUUACAAUGCCAACGGAGGCCGAAAAAUGGUUAUAUUAUAGGGAUGGGCAGCAACAAUUCAAGGUACCCUUUGCCAUCUAUGCAGAUUUCGAGAGUCUAUUGAUACCGAUAGAGGAUGCCAGGGACACUAAGACGAAAAGGCUAAGUAAGCAUGUACCAUCCGACUGGUGCACCUAUAGUACCUUUGCCUAUGGGAAUGUACCGGAUCCCCUAACAGUAUAUAGAGGCGAGGACUGUGUAACCCGCUUUGUCAACCACCUGGAGGAUGAGGUGAAAAGACUAUACAAUACAUACCCUCAGCAGGACAUGAAGCCCCUAACAGAGGUCCUAAAAAGAGAACAUGACGAGGCCACGCACUGCCAUAUCUGCCUAAAACCUUUCGAUGACGGCAAGAAUAACCGUAAGGUCAGGGACCAUUGCCACUAUACUGGGCUAUAUAGGGGUGCGGCGCAUAACAGCUGUAACCUCAAAUAUAAGAUACCCAGCCACAUCCCUGUCAUCUUCCAUAACCUUUCGGGGUAUGAUGCCCAUCUCUUCAUACGGGAAUUGGGCGAGAAGUACGACACCCAGGACAUUGGGUGCAUCGCCGAGAAUACGGAGAAGUACAUUAGUUUCAAUGUCAAAAUCAAGGUACCGCUUGGAGGUAUGGUAUAUGGUGACGGGGAAAAGUACAAGACAAUCGAAAUUAGGUUCAUAGAUUCUUGCCGAUUCAUGGCAUCAUCGCUAGACAAUUUGGCAAGCAACCUCGCCUAG